CCCUAAACACCCACCCACCCCUGUUGUCAGGUAUGUCAGGCAAUUUUGGGACUCAAUAUGGAUAUAAGACUUAGAUCUAUCCCUCUUCGCUUUUCUUGUUAUCUCCUUUGUUACCCCCUCAGCCCUUUCCAUCAUUUCAAGGCUCGAUCGACAAAUUUUUGUACUGUCGCAUCUCUCUCUCCAUGGUGACUUAGAACUCGUUGUUCUACUCACAGCAUCAUUGAACCAUGGUCAACUCUAGAUGGGCAGCCGCUGCCCUAGGUUGUGCCUGGCAAGCUCUAGCCCAGCCAUCCUAUGUCUCCCACCCCGAGCGAGCGGAUGCCGUGAAGGCGACAUUCCAACGCGCGUGGGAUGGUUACUACAACUAUGCGUUCCCCAAUGACACUUUAAAGCCCAUCUCGAGGACUUACCAAAACGAUCGAAAUGGCUGGGGAGCUAGUGCCGUUGAUGCUAUUUCUACGGCCUUGGUUAUGGGGGAAGCAGAUAUUAUUAACGAUAUCGUGGAGCACAUCCAGUCUAUCGACUUCGGUGCCACGGCCCCUGGCUCCGAGUCCGUGUCUUUGUUUGAGACCACUAUCCGCUAUCUAGGAGGUCUCCUAUCAGCAUACGAUUUCCUGAGUGGUCCGUUGAACAAAUAUGCAAAGGACCAGGCUUCCGUGGACAACAUCCUAAAGCAGGCGAUCAGUCUCGCCGACUACCUCAGCAUAGCCUUCGACACGCCCAGCGGCGUUCCCAUCAACACGCUGAUCUACAGCAACGGCGAGUAUCAAGUGGGCAGCGACACCACGAACGGCAUCGCCACGAUCGGGACUCUGGUGCUCGAGUGGACGCACCUGAGCGACAUCACGGGCGACGACAAGUACGCCGCCGUGACGCAGAAGGCCGAGGACUACCUUCUCAAAGUGCGGAACCCCAGCGUAGGCGAGCCGUACCCCGGGCUGAUCGGGACGGACGUGCGCAUCUCAGACGGCACCUUCACGGACUCGAGCGGCGGCUGGAACGGCGGCACGGACUCCUUCUACGAGUACCUGAUCAAGAUGUUCGUGUACGACCAGGACCGGUUCGGCGAGUACCGCGACCGGUGGAUCGCCGCCGCCGACUCGAGCAUCCAGUACCUCGCCUCGCACCCCACCAGCCGGCCCGACCUCACCUUCCUCGCCGCCUACAACGGGCGCGACGACCUCAACUUCGUCUCCACGCACCUCGCCUGCUUCGACGGCGGCAACUUCAUCCUCGGCGGCCUGACCCUCGACGACGAGGCCUACGUGCAGUUCGGCCUCGACCUCGUCGCCGCCUGCCACGCGACCUACACCGCGACCGCCACGGGGAUCGGCCCCGAGGUCUUCUACUGGCAGGACGGCGAGCUGCCCGCCAACGCGAGCAACAACCGGCCCCCGCCCUCCGACGCCGCCGCCUUCUACGACCAGGCCGGGUUCUGGAUCCCGUCCGGCGGCGCGAGCUACGUCCUGCGGCCCGAGGUCAUCGAGAGCUUCUACUACGCCUACAGGGCGACGGGCGACACGAAGUACCAGGACUGGGCGUGGGAGGCGUACCUGAACAUCAACAGCACGUGCACGGCGGGCGUCGGGUACAGCGGCCUCCAGAACGUGAACGUGGCUGGCGGGGGAGGGUUCGACGAUUUCCAGGAGAGCUUCUGGUUCGCGGAGGUGCUGAAGUACAGUUACCUGAUCCAGGCGGACGAGGCCGAGUGGCAGGUUAGUGCGGGGCAUGAUAAUCGCUGGGUCUUUAAUACGGAGGCGCAUCCGUUUUUGGUUAAGGGGAGUCCGAUUUAAAGAGCCUUUUUUUUUUUUUUUGAGGGGGGGGGAUGAUGAGGAUGGUUAUUCUUAUGGUUAGGUAUCUAUUUAGGUAUGAGUAUAUACUAGGUAGAGAAGCCCGUCUAUUAGGUAUAGAGAGAGGUCAGAUUUAGUGAGGUGGCUACUAGGUUGGUACCUACUCAGGCAUGCAUGUGUGUGAUGGUAUCAGGCGCACUACUAUUUACUAUUACUACUACCUACUACUACUACUUGGGUUGAAGGGUACACUUGCGAUAGGCGGAAGGCUAGGAAGCUUGAUGGGAUUUGUUUUACUUUUUUUUUUUUUUUUUUU